UCGGAGUGCACGUGUGGUUGUUUAUAUUCUCCACGAGUCAAAAUUACAAUCGGAGUAACAUCUGUAGUAAAUAAAUCACCACCAUGGGACGACUGGCAACAAUUGCAGGUGACGAGGCGACCGGUGAAAAAUCCCGCACUUUUGUAUUCCACGAUGAGGGCCACACGCUGGGGAACGUCCUGCGUUCUGUCAUCUCGCAAUAUCCCGACGUCCAAUUUUGUGGUUAUACGGUGCCUCAUCCCUCAGAAGCAAAGAUGCACUUCAGGAUACAGAUGAAGAAAGGAAGAGCUGUGGAUGCACUCAGACAGGGGCUGGAGGACGUCGAGAAACUGUGCGAACACACGACUAAAACAUUCACACGGGCCUGGGAGGCAUUCCAACAAACGUCAACCUCGACUGAAUAAAAAAUAAUCUAAUAUUUGAAUAUGACAUCGUGAAAGCCGUAGUUUCCGGACACUCAGGACCAGUUUCCGGAGAUAUAAAAAUGUGUAACGUUAUUUCCAUUGAGAGCAAAAUUGUCUUGGGGGUUUUGCCUGCUGUCCCUUAAUGAUUCAAACAAUUUCGUUGAAGAAAAGACAAACACCAUUAAUCUAAUUGUUAUUCUGUGACGUUUCGUUAAUUAUUUUACCAUCAUACUCUGGACAAAUCACACGCAGACAAAAUAAAGUUCUUUUCGUUAUUCUAUCUGUAAAAGAAAAGUCAAUAGAUGCUGAUAGUACUGAAUUUUGUAGAGAUUUGUUCUAUAAGAAUUUUUUUCUUGGAUCCUGUAACGAGGAGCAAACAAAACGGCAUUAAAAAUGUAUGCGCAAGAUUCUUUAUGAGAAAAAAUUGCAAGAGAAUGAUCCAUAGAAAAUCAAAUGUAUUGAUUUUUGAACAUCGAACAUUUAUUCAAAAAUCUAUCGUGAAAUUGCGUAAUUAAGUUAAAUUUUCCAUCGAAAAUGUACUCCACAUACUCCACAUCAAAUAUAGCCUCUGUUAUUUAUAUUUUUAUAGACUUUUUUAUUUUAAAAGACCUUCAUUAUUUCCCUCCCUCCAGUACCCAGCUAUUUUGUAGAGAUUUGUUCUGCAAGAAUUCUUUUACAUAAUUUUUUUCUUGGAUUCUGUAACGAGGGACAAGAAAUUCCAUAAAAAAUGUAAGCACAAGAUU